AACGGCAAACGGGCUAGGAACUGGAAAAGCCCAGGCCUUGGCCCACGUAGAGGAAGCCUGCCUAAUAGACCCCCACGUCCUCACGUAGUCUCGUGCUGGCCCCUGUAUCACCCCACCUCGUCUCGUCGCCUACCCUCCCAACCCGCAUUCGCGGCGCGGGCGCCUUGGAACCCUAGUCACCCGCGCCCCCCCUCCACUGUCCACUCAACCCCCGUCCCCUCCCUCGGCGGCGGCGGCAUCGGCGUCAACCAAGAUGUCGGGCGGCUUCUUCCGGGGGACGUCCGCUGACCAGGACACGCGCUUCUCGAAUAAGCAAGCCAAGCUGCUCAAGACGCAAAAGUUCGCGCCCGAGCUUGACCAUCUGGUGGAUACGUCAAAGGUAAAGAUGGACGUGAUGAAGCCCUGGAUUGCUAAGCGGGUCACUGAGCUCCUUGGGUUCGAGGACGAAGUUCUCAUCAACUUCAUUUAUGGCCUCCUCGAGGAGAAGGAAGCCGAUGGAAAGAAGAUUCAGAUCCAGCUGACAGGGUUCAUGGAGAAGAACACAGUGAAGUUCAUGAGGGAGCUCUGGACCCUCCUUCUCAGUGCACAGCAGAAUGCCAGUGGGGUGCCUCAACAGUUUCUGGAUGAAAAAGAGGCUGAGAUACAGCAGAAAAAGGCAGAGGAUGAUAGGAUUGCACAGGAGAUUCAAAAGAAGCGAGAGAUGGAGGAAAAUGAUUCAGAACUGGUAAAGAACAAAGUGAUGGAUGGGGAUGCUGGUAACUCAAGAUCCUAUGGCGAUCCAGUUGGCUCUGCUUUAAAUAGUACAAAUUUCAAUACCGAGGAAGAAAAGAACAAUGAUUUCAAGCGUAGCUUAAGAGCAAAGAACAGGGGAAGUCGCAGAUCCAGGAGCAUAUCUUUGUCGCCACGUGCUAGGCAAAGAUCCAUCUCUCCUAGAAAUAAUUCUCGUUCUCCUCCUAGGCGUUCCCACUCUAUUGAUAGACACCAUAGAUCAUCAUGGCGUUCAACUUCACCUAGACGUUCUAUUUCUCCCCGAAGGCAUUCUCCAAGAAGUACCCCUUCAAUUUCUAGAAGGAGAUCACCUUACUCAAGGAGAGGGUCGCCUUCCUUGUCAAGAUAUCCAUCCCCAUUUACACGCCGGAGAUCUCCUCUUCGCAGAAAAUCACCAUCAUCUGGGCCACUAAGGUCACUUUCUCCUCGCCAUCGCCGCUCACCAGCUCGUGUACCAAGGAGGUCACCAUCUCCUGCAAGUCGAAGGUCUCCUGUUCGACGCAGAUUCUCACCAGGUAGACGUACAUCUCCAUCUCCAGUAAGGCGCAGGCCAAGGUCUCCAUCACCUGGGAGGCGUAGGCCAAGGUCUCCAUCACCUGGGAGGCGUAGGCCAAGGUCCCCAUCCCCAAGAAGGCGUAGGCCAAGGUCCCCAUCCCCAGGAAGGCGCAGGCCACGGUCCCCAUCCCCAGGAAGGCGCAGGCUACGGUCCCCAUCUCCAGGAAGGCGCAGGCCACGGUCCCCAUCCCCAGGAAGGCGCAGGCCACGGUCCCCAUCCCCAGGAAGGCGCAGGCCACGGUCCCCAUCCCCAGGAAGACGCAGACCACGAUCCCCAUCGCCUGGAAGGCGCAGGCCAUGGUCUCGGUCUCCAAUAAGACGUCAGUCCCCAUCUCCAAAACGCCAGAGGACAUCACCAAGUUCACCGAAGACUCGUUCUGCAAAUCGACCUUUAUCGCCAGAGGGAAGGAGGAGUACCAGUCCGUACAAUAGCAGGAGUCCUAAUCGCUCUCGCCAGAGUUUAAGUAAAGAUACUGAGAAAGAAACAAAUGGCACCCCUUCCGUUAAGGACAGAGUUGUGCACUCAAGGGGGCAAGAACAAAAAUCAGAUGAUAAUAAUAGGGAUGGUGCAAGGAUUGUUGGCAAUAAUUCCCCAGAUUCUGAGCAUAGAUUGUCAAAGUCCUUGAGGCCUCCUAACUAUGAAGAAAGGAAUUCCACACGUGACAGUUCUUACAAGAACUCAGACAAACCUAUACCUAGUCAGGGCAGCACAGAUACAAGUGGAGAUGAGGAACACAGUCGUGCUAGAGAAAAUGCCCGGAAAGCAAAUUCAUGUCGUAGGAAAACAAAGGAUCUCUCGGCAGGUCUGCAACCUAAGAAAAUCAGUGCUGGUGACUCAAGCCCCAGAGACAAAUCUCCAUUCAUUUUACAACAGAGUGGCAAGGUCGUCCAAAAGAAACACCCCGAUCAAUUGUCAGAAUCAUCAGAAGAUGAGCUUGCUGGUAGAAGAACAAAGCAUCAAACUGAUUCACCUGAUGAUUCUCGUCGAAAACAGCAUUCCCCGACUAGAAUUGAAAAUGAUGAGUCUUAUUCAAAGGGUGGUAGAAACAGUGAGCAUGUCAUGAGAGGUUUGCGUGAUGAUUCUGAUGAUGCUAUUGAUACAAAGAAAUAUUUGUCUAAAGUCAAUGAGGACUCCCAAUCGGACGAUGGAAGUCCUUUGAAAAAAACUAAGAAAAAAACAGAUGGUAAUAGGCACAUUGAUUCUGGUAGUUCAGGGUCUGAAGAGCCUGACAAACAUAGAACCCACUCGGAGAAGCGAAGGCACAAGAAAACUCAUAAGCAUAAGAAACAGUAUGAUGAUAGUUCCGAGUCUGAUUCUGAGCCAGAUGGCAAAGACGCAAAGAGGAGGAGGAGGAAGGAAGAGAAGAGGCUAAGAAAAGAGGAAAGACGUCGAAGACGUGAAGAACGACACCGCAGAAGGGCAGAACGCCAUGCCAGCAAACGAAAAUUAAAGAACACCGAUACUGUUACAAUGCCUUCAGACUCUGAGAAGGAUCGGGAUUCUGAUUCAGAUGGUGAUGUUAGGAAAAGAGUUUCAAACGCUGGAAGAGAAGAGUCUGAUCAGAAGAAACUAGAAAUUGAACUCCGUGAGAAGGCCCUUGAAUCUCUUAGAGCAAAGAAAGCCAUCAACAACUAGACUGAGAAUUUUUUUGUGACACAUUUGAGUUUCUAUUUUCAAGUGGAAGUGUCCUUAUAUGAUACUAUUUAAUGUUCUGUGUGUUUAUGUGGCAGUUGAUCUGAUGAUUCCUGAGCUGUUUACUUGAUGCAGCUGAAUUCAGGCUUAGCAGCCAGUUAUCUGAUUAGCUCCAUGUGCACAAGCUUUUUAUGUUCCUCAGGAUGAUAUGAUCAACGCCUCAACAAAAACAAGUUGGUAACAUAUUGAUUGGAAAAUCUGCUAAAGCAUUCCUUCUUAGUUUCAGGUUUGUGCAGCAGUCAAUAUUAUCUGAUUAAUAGGUUCUCAUAUCAGAAAACAAUUUCAGGCACUCGAUAAUUUACGAUGCCUAGGGGGCUAGACUGAUAUUAAUCAUUACUUUCAGUAACUUAUUUAUGAUAUUGACUGAAGAAAAAGAAAUCCUGUGCCACCUUCUUUCACAUAUGGAAUCAGCAAACCAGCUGGUGAUUUGAGAUACAAUUAAUAUUUGCAGAAAUCAUCUUCCACCUAGGAUGAAAUGCACACAGUUUGUAACAUCAAAGGACUUUAAUGGACUCCAGGUUUAGUUCACAAACUUAUAGUGUGUUUGGUGUGAGGAAUGAAGUAAUCCAUCUUCUUCUCACUCCUCACUUUUUUAUUUGGUUUGUGGAAUAGAAUGGGUUGAUCCAUCACCACCCCAUUCCUCAUAAGCUAAUAAUUAGUAUAUACAUGAGGAGUGGGUUGAUUCCACCAAAAUUGAUGAAAUGAACUUAUGAUGCAUCACCUCAUGAAGCAUAGAGUGACUCCACAAACCAAACACACCAUUAGGCUAUUACUUGCAGUUCCAAUGAUACUCUGACCAGUGUUAGAAGGAAAAGAAGCAUUAGGCUAUUACUACAUGUAUACAUGUUGAUACAAUCAUGCAUCAGGUAGACCAUGUAUAGUGACUAGACAUGGUAGGGUGGGGUGGUGUCGUGGUGAAGCCAUCAGCCCAUCACUGCCGACUGGAGCUUUAAGGGGUAGAGGAAUCAUGCUUUUAUUUGCUCAUUCUGUCUGGGUCACUGAUGUUCAGGAUUAAGACCAAUUUCAUUCUUGGUGUUGGGUAUAGGUGUGAUGCACACUUGUUUCCUUCACUAUGAUGUUUGGGAUGUAGCAUCCUACUGACACGCACGUUUAUACUAGGUUUCGCAUAGACUUGCAUAUCUAAGUAAUUUUGUGGUGCUGUGACCUACUGACCUUUUAUCUUGGGUUGUGUGGAGAAAAUGUCGAGUUGCUUUGGUUAGCUGUGGUUAGUCUUUUCCAGAUUGCUGUUUAUUGUUAUCUAAAUUCAGUUUAUGUAGUAAAAUUUCAUCAGGCGCUGGAAAUUUCUGGUGUGAUGUCACGUUAACUCGCUGGGUGGUGUUCUAACCAGAAUUUGGAACUGAGUCUGAAUGACAAAGUUGUGCUGAAUCCAGCUGUUUUUUUGUACAAGUUCCAUGUUAUCUGUUUAACAAGUUUCUAUGUAUUUACAUUUUACAUCACUCUAUGGACGCCAACUGUUUCUCUUUAACUUAUAUAUUGGCAUUCGCUAA